AGUGAUCAAUAGGCCCAAACACAAUUCCAUCCCCGAGCCCAAAGCCGCGGACGAAUACAUACAUACACAAAUUCUGUAUUCCUGCUCAUCUUCAUUCAUACUGUGAACUAAAGUGCGUUUCAUCAACACUCACAAAUACUCUACUAGCUUCUCACAAUCAUCGACGAUGGAUAAUAUCCAAGACGAUAUCCGAGCGUUGCAGCUUGAUUCAUCUGAAGAUAAGAAUUUGGUGGCUAAUGGAGAAGAAUUGAUGGCUGAUGAAGUUGAAAAAUCUGAUAGAAUGGACGAAGAAGAUAGGAAUGUGAUGGCUAAUGGGGAAGAUUUGAUGGCUGAUGACGUUGAAAAACCUGAUAGAAUGGACGAAGACUCAAGGGAUGAGGUGCAAGGAGACUCGCAACUACCGCAUGUGGAGCCAAGAAAUACUGGUGAAGUGGUAGAAGAAGUUUCUGCUCUCGAUAAAACUGAAAACGAUACUGAAGUUGCUAAGAAAAGACAUUUGAAUGUGGUGUUUAUUGGUCAUGUCGAUGCUGGAAAAUCCACAAUUGGUGGUCAAAUACUAUUCCUUAGUGGGCAGGUUGAUGAGCGUACAAUCCAGAAGUACGAGAGAGAAGCAAAGGAUAAAAGCAGAGAGAGCUGGUAUAUGGCCUACAUCAUGGAUACCAAUGAAGAAGAAAGAGUCAAGGGAAUAACAGUUGAAGUUGGCAGAGCACACUUUGAAACCGAAACAACAAGAUUUACUAUUCUUGAUGCACCGGGUCACAAAAGUUAUGUACCAAAUAUGAUUAGUGGUGCAUCUCAAGCUGACAUCGGUGUGCUGGUGAUAUCUGCUCGGAAAGGAGAAUUUGAAACAGGAUAUGAGAAAGGUGGGCAGACUCGUGAACAUGUCCAGCUUGCAAAGACUCUGGGUGUCACUAAACUCCUCGUCGUUGUCAAUAAGAUGGAUGAUCCUACAGUGAACUGGUCAAUAGAUAGGUAUAACGAAAUUGAGUCAAAAAUGACACCAUUCUUGAAGUCUUCUGGUUACAAUGUGAAGAAAGAUGUGCAGUUUCUACCAAUUUCCGGGCUUCAUGGUUCAAAUUUGCAGACAAGAGUGGACAAAUCUGUUUGUUCAUGGUGGAAGGGUGCAUGCCUCUUCGAAGCCCUUGAUGCAAUUGAUGUUCCUCCUCGUGAUCCAAAGGCCCCAUUCAGGUUGCCCAUUAUUGACAAGUUUAAAGACAUGGGUACUGUUGUUAUGGGCAAAGCAGAAUCUGGUAGCGUGAGUGAGGGUGAUAGCUUGAUGGUCAUGCCAAACAAGGCUCAUGUGAAAGUUCUUGCUGUAUAUUGUGAUGAAGAUAAAGUUAGGCGUGCUGGACCUGGUGAAAACUUGCGUGUCAGAUUAUCUGGGAUCGAGGAAGAGGUUAUAUUGUCUGGUUUCGUCCUUUGUAGUGUAGCUAGGCCAAUUCCUGUUGUCACUUCUUUUGUUGCCCAGUUACAAUUCCUUGAGGUUCUGGACAAUGCAAUUUACACUGCUGGCUACAAGGCAGUAUUGCAUAUUCACUCUGUUGUAGAAGAAUGUGAGAUUGUCGAGCUAAUGAAGCAGAUUGAUUUGAAGACUAAGAAACCUAUGAAAAAGAAAGUACUAUUUGUGAAGAAUGGGGCUAUUGUUUUGUGCCGGAUUGAGGUGAACAAUUUGAUAUGCAUUGAGAAGUUUGCAGAUUUUCCGCAACUAGGACGGUUCACUCUCCGCACUGAAGGAAAAACUGUUGCGAUCGGGAAAGUAACCGAGCUUCCUUCAUCGAGUAGUAGCUCAUAAUCAAUUUUGGCAAAUGAGGCAAACAGAGGCAAACUGAGUUGAAAUACAACAUUCUGGUGACAACAGCAUAAACAAAGCAGCAACAAAUGAGUUUACUUCUCACAGAAUCACUUGAAGCUGAAUGCAUUCCUUCGAUUUUUGAUAUAUAAGCAUGUUACAUCAUGUUGUCGUAUUCUACAGAUGAUUAGCUAAAUAUGUAUCUCUGGUGACCGUGUGUUCUGUACCAUCUAAAAAAGAUGUGAUGUUGGUUGCUUGACCGUUUAGGGUCAGUGUAUAACCUUUUUUGGUCUUGGUGUUAGAUUAAUUUAUAAUUAUAGUUCCUGGAUUUAUUGCGUC